AUGGGUCGCAGUGGACGCGGACGAGUUGCCAGCAUCAAGGAAAGCCGCAUGGAGGAGCCAGAUGAUGAACCCCAGGACGCCUUGAAGGAGGUGCCUACUCCGCUUCGUGGAGGGUUUAGGGCUGCAGUGAAAGCUCCGUUGAACGCGCUGGAGGAGGUCAUGCGACGAAGAGGAGUGGAUGAAGCCUGGGAUGCGCUAGAGCAGAUGCAUGCAGAUGGCAAGACGACGGACAAGUACACAGUCUCCAGAAUGCUGAUGAAGACCGUUGGUGAUGGCCACCUCGACCCAACGAGAGCAUACAGGGGAAUCACUUUGGUCGAGCGAUUCAUAGAGAUGCAACCAGAGGAUGUGGACGAGGUUUUGUUCAAUGCCCUGCUGGACACCUGCUGCCGCCUCAAGGACCUCAAGCGGCUUGAGAGCUGUGUCAAUUGGAUGCGGCAGCUGAAGGUGAAACCAUCGCCCAUCACACUCGGUAUCUUGGUGAAGACGUAUGGCCAAGCGGGCGACUUGGACAAGGUCCUAGCCGCGUGGGAUGAGAUGGAGGAGCAAAGGGGAUUGGCCAACUCGGUGACAUAUGGCUGCAUGUUGGACGCAUGCGUGAAGUGCGGCAACUUGCAGAAGGCCGUGGAGGUAUUCAGGGGAAUGCGUGCCACGGGCAAGCAUCGCAACACCAUCCUGUACACCACCAUGAUCAAAGGCUACGGAUUGCACAAGGACUUGGACAAUGCCCUCGAGCUCUUCCAUGAGAUGCGCGAUGAAGGGGUUCCUUACAAUACCAUCACCUACAACUCGAUACUGGAAGCAUGUGUGAAGUGUGGCGACAUCGCGUCUGCCGAGAACAUCCUGGAGCAGAUGGUUCAGACCGAGAUGGAGAUCGAACCCGACCUGAUCAGCUAUUCGACCGUCCUGAAGGGCUACUGCCAGAACGGAGAGCUCCUAAAGGCGCUGUGUAUGUUCGAUGACAUGAAAGAGCGACGACUUCGUUGUGACGAGCUCGUGUACAACACUCUGAUGGAAGGCUGCGUCAAAACAGACGAUUGGAAAGCAGGCUGCGGCCUCUUCGGAGAGAUGGUGUCCUGUGGCCUCCGACCCUCGGCCAUCACCGCCAGCAUUCUCUCCAGGCUCUUCCAGCGAGUUGGCCAUGAGGAUGCGGAUGAGAGAGUGACAGAUCUCUUUGCCGUGGUUGGUCUGGAGAAGCCACAACCGGCUGAGCGGCCUCGUGCUGCUCGCCGUGGGCAGCGUUCGCCAGCCGCCUCCCCUGGGGUGGACGCGUCCCCAUCAAUCGCCGAGAGCUUGCCGUACAUGGCCUCCCAGAGCGAGAUGUCUGAGGCACCGCCCAGGCAGCUGCGAGGACACCUGUCAACGAGCAGUGCCUGCAGCGUUCCCCCGUCACCGAUGUCUCCCCUGCAUGCCAUGGGCUCGCCUGCAGUACAGGGGCCUAUGCGACAGGGAGGCUUUCCGGCAGCACAUCACUCGCCGCAGCGAGCCCAGCUGCCGCACAAUGAAACUUCGGAGGUCAAGCACAACCGCGUGCCCUCCCUGGCAUCCAUGUUGCCGAUCGACCGCUACCAUGAGAAGGCUUAUGGGCAAGGCUGCCCUCUUGCUCCGCCUUUGCCACUGGAUGGUGCAUUCAAUGAGCAGGGCUGUGGCUCUCAUGGACCGGUGCCCAUACAGUUCUCCCCAGCUCUCAAGGGAACCUCCGGUGGCCAGCCGCCGAUUCCUUCCCUCGUGUCACUGCUUCGGCAGCCUGAGGAAGUGUAUGACCCGCAGGGACAUCGCCAUUCACACGGGCGUACCCCAUCUCUUGCCACACUUCUGGCCCCACUGGACACGCUCGGCGAGGUGGGUGGGUACAAGGGCGAUCGCUUUGUGAACAACGAUCAGGCUGCACAACCGUCUCCGUCACCUGUUGCCCCCAUGCCCAGCCCGGUCGGCCUAGUGGGGCACGCAGAUGGCAAGCAUGACCAGGACGUGAGGCAACCUUUCGGACAUGCAGUUCCAAGCCUUGCGUCCAUGAUUUCUCCCAUGGAGCCGCAGUCCCGCGAUCAGGCCUUGCUGAGAGCCUUUAGAAGCCUUUCUUUUUGUUUUGCACCCCUUUGGUCCUGUCCAGCUUACACAGCUGCUGCCGACGCCAACCCGAAGCAGCAUGGCCCAGUCCUUAAGCUGGCCAUAGUCGCUUCGCGGGCAUUGUGCACCCGACUGGCAGUCGUACUAGUACUGAGUAGCAGAUCCGACUUCCGACUCGCAGCAUGUGCAGCCAGAGUGCCCGACCCAAGUCGCCUGACGGGCAGCCGGCACCUGGACAGAUGCCUUUAUCACCGGCUGCGGGCCCAGAUCUCUCAGAUCUGUGCUCUCUCUCGCUUUUCUCCCUGGGUCCCUGUCGUUUUGUUCAGAUACUGCGGGCCGAAAGUUUCCACGCAAGCGAGCUCAGGCUUCAAUGCUGCUGUCAGCAGAAGCAGCAGGAGAUCAGGUACGGGAUGGCGGGUGAUGGCUGAGAAAGCCCUGAUGGUUCUCACGGGUUGGUUGUUGCACUUACACGACCUUGGAACCCAGUCCUCUGUUCUCGCUAUGGGGCCGCUUGGGAGGCGUCGCCAGUCCAGCUGUUUGGAGUGCAGCCGCACGAAGAGCAACUGCCCAGACCUCAAGAAGCAUCCUGGAGCCGGAGGGAGCGGCACCCACAAAGAGGCGGCUUCAUGCGCAGAGUAUGCGCAGGUCCUCCGUGCGACAGUCCUAUUCGGCGCAGCUGGUGAGGCAACACUAGGCGGCGUGCUGGAAUUCGCGCAUUCGAAGGCAGGUUGGGACACUGCAAGGCAUUGCUGGGCCAUGCUAACCGUGUGGCUGAAGCGACGCCUGCCCGCUGUCGCCACCGGCGAAGCGAGGGCAGCAGUCAAGCAGAGGCCCGUGGCCCGAUGCAUCCAGGGGCCGGAAGAGCCUUCUCUGACUUCUUCAAAGAGAGCAGAGGAUCGUGUCCGAACGUCUGGCGUUCAGUUUGAGCUUGCAUACUCUGGCGACUGGUUGGAAGUCUUCGACAAGAAGCUGGAGCAGGCCCUGGGUGACAUAGAGGAUGCCGACAUCCCGCAGGAAGAGCUCGUGGGUUUCAGCCUGUCCAUCACGGACGCCCAUGGAUCCGUCUUGGUCUACCUAGACAGUACGGAGUUGGAAACGUCUGGCCUUCCGACGCAAGAGCUUUUUUCAGGAUGCCAAGCUGGAGUGUCCGCGCACUUCCCGCUGCGUGUGCGAUUUGGCCCUGCCUCCUCGGGGCAGGAUGUUGGGGGCCUCGUUUCUGCUGCCCCAGAGGGGCCGAACACGGAACUCCCCAUCAGCCCCGCGAUACUCCUGGAGCAGUUUCGGCGCAACCUGUGCCGGAAGCCACUGCGACUUGGGGGCCCUGUGAGCCUGGCCAGGGUGGAAGAGCUGUGCGAAAUCCUGGCAAUCGGAGAAGGGAACCUUUCGGAGGAACUCCCUGUGCCGGGCAACGUGUUCUCGAUUAAUUUUGUCCCUGUGCUGCUGCAGGCACAAACCUCGACUGAGUGA